AUGGCCGGCGGUGAGGCUAUCAUGACGGAGCUGAGGUUGGGGCCGCCAGGGGCAGCGCCGGAAAGCGAGGAGAGGAGGAGGGAGAAGAUGAAGAAGAGGGCCUUCCCGGCGGUGGGGUGGCCGCCAGUGUGCUCCUACCGGCGGCGGAGGGCCACCGGCGACUGGGGGGAGAAGAAGAAGAAGAAGAAGAAGAUGGAGGAGGAGAAGAAGAAGAAGAAGAAGACGUACGUUAAGGUGAGCAUGGACGGGGCGCCUUUCCUGCGCAAGCUGGAGCUCGACGCCUGCGAGGGCUACGCCGGCCUGACCGCCGCCGUCGAUGAGCUCUUCGGCGUGGGUAAUUUCUUCACCACUGAAAUCAUUCCCCUAUUCAGAAACACCUCCCCGGAGCUCAAAUUAGAGGAAGCUCUCAGGUGGGUUGGCCCAAAACGAGUUCUCUCUGAUCUACGAGGACAAGGAGGGCGACUGGUUGCUGGUCGGAGACGUGCCAUGGAAGUGCGCUUCUUCUCCUCUUCUUUCUCCUCCGCUCCCCCGGCAUGCUGGCCGGCGAGCAUGCCAUCUAAUCGGAAUCGUUGUUUUCUUCCUCUUCGAAUCGGUGGCAGGAUGUUCACUGCGACCUGCAAGAGGCUAAGGAGCAUGAAGAAAUCCGAGGGGAAGAUCACCGCUACUUCGGGGCGCGUCUGA